UGUCAUAAAGAGAAAACACAAGAGUCCGGGUCAACCAUUAACCCGUUAGUCAUACCAUAUAUAACAUCACAAUUUACACGUAAUCAAACACACACACACACACUACACACACUAUGAGACACCAAGAAGGAAGUUUGGACUUUCAUGGAUCAAGAUUACGAGAAGCCACCGUAAAGAUGGCUCAUCUUUACCGGAGAAUCUUCCGAUUAGACGUCCGAUGGAGUGUUUUACUCCAGAAGGUUUCAGUUUUUCGAGAAAUCAUUCGAUUGAUCUGGGAUAGAUUUCUUGCUUGUUCAAUGGGGAAACCAGUCCGGUACCGGAGAUUGUCUCAGGGGUCAUCUUCUCCGGCGGAGGAAUUGGAAUCUGGUUUUGACCUUGAAAACCCCACCACCACCUGCAACGGCUAUCAAGAAGAUUCAGAUUUAGUUACUCUCAAGAUUAGUUUAUUGGGUGAUUGUCAAAUUGGAAAAACAAGUUUCAUGAUUAAAUACGUUGGAGACGAACAAGAGAACGGAAGAUUGGAGAUGGCUGGUUUAAAUCUAAUGGAUAAGACGCUGUCGUUUGGUGGAGCAAGAAUUGCAUUUAGUAUAUGGGAUGUUGGAGGUGAUAAGAGAUCGAACGAUCAAGUCCCGUUAGCGUGCAAAGACUCCGUCGCAAUCUUGUUUAUGUUCGAUCUAACAAGCCGAUGCACCCUCCACAAUGUAUUAGGAUGGUAUAUGCAAGCAAGAAAAUGGAAUCAGACUGCAAUUCCUAUCUUGAUAGGGACCAAGUUUGAUGAUUUUGUAAUGCUUCCACCAGAUCUACAAUGGACCAUUGUAAAUCAGGAGAACGUUUCAAUUGAAAUGUUUCCGUUGGGUUUCAGAGUAGCAAACACCAUUUGAUUUAAAAUCUAUUUUCUCCUUGUAACAUAUAACUAAUGAUAAUAAUUCAUUUGGUAACGUAAUAUUAAUUAUCAUUCUAUAUAAAUUGAACAAAAUUUAGAUCUGUUAGGAAACAAACAAACAAAUAUGAUCUCUAAGAAUUUAAGUAAGGGCUGGCAUGUGAAUGAAAAGAAUAAUGAGUCACGAUGUUUGUUUAUAUACAAUAUAAAAUCUGUUUCUCACAUAAACACACAAUAUAAUAUGAUCUCUAAGAAUUUAAGUUAGAGGAGGAAACCCAACCCAUUUUGACAAAAGGAUAACUAGUAAUAUGCUCCAUUAUUGUUGAAAUAAAUACUAGUAUAAUAUUUU